AUGACUCCUACUCUCUGCCAAAUUUUUUGCGAGCCAGUCAUUUGUACAAACUGGGCAACAAUGACUACUACUGCCUUCCCAAUUCUUGAUCUACCUGAAAAGGCUCGUUUGAAUGCUUUUAAAACAAUGGAAAAUGUCAAUUUAAUUUCCCUUUCUUUCUGCUCUCAACGGUCCAAGAGCAUAGUUAAAUCUACUGAGUUGCUGCACGCCUCCGAAUUCAUAAUCAUUCUCAGCACACAUAUCACAAUUUCUAUGAAUUUCGAUAACUCUUUUCAAGUAUAUUUUUACUUAAAUAUCGAUGCCCUCGAAUCAACGUGUCAAAACUCAAUAGUACCAUUGAAGCUGGGGAUUCCCAACCGUGUUGAGACAAGUUUUGAUAAGAUAGCUGACGAUUAUGGGACUGCUUACUCGAAAUACGAUUUUGAAUGGGCGAAUCCAGGUUUGGAGAUUGGAUAUUAUGUGGAGCAUCUUCUAGAUGUGAGCAACUGCGACAGAAUCGACAAGGUUAUUUGUGACACUGAAGCCUACCCAAUUGAUUUCAGUGACCUUACAAAAGUUUUCGGUGGAUUGAAGGUUAGAAAAUUUAAAUUCAAUAAAUGGUAUGGCCGCGAGUACCCGGAUGAAGAAGCCAGACGCCACAAGGCUAACUCGGACAAACUAAUUUUCAGAGCCAUCAUGCCUGUUGUAAAUGCCCUGGAGAUUAAUGAAAAUCGGAUGGAAAAUGAUCUUCCACUGGUGUUCAUCCAGAACUUGGAUAAGUUCAAGUCUUUUUACAUUUCUCAUCAGUAUCAGUUAAAUGAUAUAUUGAUGAUGAACUGUGAGCAUAUACAUCUAUCCAGUGAUGCACAGGCUUUAUCGAUAAAGGACCUGAACUUGUUCUUGAAAUGCUGGAUGAAAGGAUCGAAUAUGAACCUGGAGUAUCUGGUUAUUUAUGGCCGAAAUGCCCAUGGUUCCAAUGUCGUAGAUGUGGUGAAUGGGAUUAAACACUUGGAGAUUUCCAAAACCCUUGACCUGUGUUUCCAACUACCCAGGAAACUUCAUUCCUUUAUUUCUUUGAAAGGAAGCUCAUCUUUGCAUCAUAAAAGAUACAACAUAAGAAGGCUAGAGGAUGGAGCUGUUGCAACUGUUAAAAUUGAUGUUAUGAACCGUCGAGAUACAAGUUUCUUCUUCAAAGUUUGGAAUGAGGUGGAUUUUGAGAACAAUCCAAUUUUGGUAUAAAGACCUAUUGUAUUUCUGAUAUUGUAAAUCUCUAAACAUUGCUUGACUCAAAUUUCUGAUUUUUGCAAUUAAACUGUUAAAAGUUU